AAUGUGAUCGUUCUAAAUUUGAAAUGUGAGUUUGUGUAAAAUGGAGCGUCCGUCUGUGUAUCCGGCGAACUUGACGGAUUUGUUAGCUGUGUCGUAUCAAGAUGGCUUCGAUCGGUCGUCGCCUGUGUCAACGGAAGAUGAUAGUCAGUUCGGAGUGGAUUUGACAGGGAAGACUAGUUUGGCGGGCAAGUCGUUUACGAUCGCCGCCAUCUUGGGGCUGUCGGGGGCAGAGCAGGAUGCUAUGAAUUUGAGUGUGGAGCGACUGCGGAGCCCACAGCUGGGCUAUUGGGCUGGGCAGGAGAUCCAGAGGCUCAAUGAGGGGUUCUGUAGGAGCAUGGCGCCGUCGGGGCUCCGGCAAGAUAGUCCGCGGCCGGAGACGAGGCCGCCGCAGCUGAAACCCCCUCGCAGCCACGCCCUGUCCUGUAGUAGCAGUUCCGGGCGAAGCAAACGCAUCAGAACCAUCUUCACUCCGGAACAGCUUGAGAGGUUGGAGGCAGAGUUCGAGCGCCAGCAAUACAUGGUCGGCCCCGAGCGACUAUAUCUGGCUCAUGCGUUACAGCUCACAGAAGCACAGGUGAAGGUGUGGUUCCAGAACCGACGCAUCAAGUGGCGUAAGCACCACCUGGAGGUGACGCAGCAGCGGUUAGCUGUGCUGCAGAGACACAGACCUGACGGAGACGAAGACCUGUAAUCUUAGAGCCACUAGCUAGAGUAAUCCUUGAACCUGUCAACACUGCUGUAGCCGACCUGCAUCAUAUUGUGCUGUGACCGAGACGAGGACCAUUUCAGCAUUACCAGAGUUGAGAACUAGGACAGAUAGUGACACAAGCACCGCAUGGAGGAGACGAAGACCUGCAAUCUUAGAACCACUAGCUAGAGCAGGGGUCUCCAAACUCCGGCCCGCGGGCCAAAUCCGGCCCGCGACACGUUCCAAUCCGGCCCGCCACCACCCAAAAGCGAGUGCCCCCUGUCCGGCCCGCGGGAGCCAGGUCCCAGGGGUUGAGCAUUAAUUGAGAGUGGAACUGUUCCUAACAGCAGCAACCAGACACCCUCCCCCGGCGCAAAAACCCGAAAGUUUCUGAGGUGCAAUAUGGCCCUUAGGUAAAAAAGUUUGGAGACCCCUGAGUAGAGUAAUCCUAGAGUGAUAUGACAACAAACGAUCGGACCUGUAACCUUAGGAGUAAC